AUGCGAACAACUUGCAAAACGGAUCAAGGCUUCCACGAUACUGAUUCACUCAAUGAAGAAACCUAUGUUCCAGUCUCAGCGGGUCCAUUGGAUGACUUUCCAAUUUUGAUCGAACGUGAAGAUGAAGAUCAAUCUCAAGUGACGGUGACUCUUAGAUCAAUGGCUGUGGGUUUGAUUACUACUUGUAUUGGCGGCGCUAUUGCUCAGGUAAAGUUGUUUGUUUUCAAACCUGUGGCAAUGAGUGUACAUGCCUUGGUACUGCAAGUAGCUUGUCUAGUUCUGGGUCGUAUAGUCGAAAACAUUCCUGGUCCCAGAUGGUGGAAUCCUGGACCUCUAUCAAUCAAAGAGACUGUAUUUUCUGCGAUCAUGGCAACUAGCGGUGCAGCUGCUACCUUGAGCGUUGAAGUUAUUGGCGCUCAAGAUUUGGUAUUUGGGAAGAGGCCUUCUUUUUCAUUUUGCCUCUUACUUUCACUUUCCAUACAAAUGAUUGGAUUCGGUUUAGCAGGCCUUUUUCGUCCAUUCCUUAUUCACCCAGCUAAAACAGCAUUUCCGAGUAUAUUCCCCUCGAUCUCUUUGUUUUUAUCAAUGUCUAAAAACACUUCAACGACCAAAAAACAAGUCUCGAUGUUUAAAAAAGUUUUCACGGGAGUUUUGAUUUAUGAAACUAUCCCAACCUACUUUGCUCCUGCUUUGCAAGCCAUCAGUCCAUGGUGUUUAACGCUACCCAAAUCACCUAUUGUCACCCAACUCUUUGGCGGAUCUUUAGUGGGCGAAGGACUAGGUGUAUUUUCUGCAAGCUUAGAUUGGGUACUCGUGGAUUGGUGUGCAAUGGCAUUUGGAAUAUUUUUCCUGUCAGGCGCUUAUCGCUACAAUUGGUUUGAUGGAGGGAAUUUGCCCUUCAUCUCAUUUGAACUACUGAAUUCAAAUGGAACUUCAUAUAAUUUUACACAAACAGUCUAUCAAAAUGGUACAGAAAACAUUGAAGGUGUCAAUCAAAUCGGUUUACCUAGGUUUUCUACAGGUUUAAUUCUAGGAUUAUCUGGUAUAUUAUUUGCUAGUUCUUCUUCAAUCACGACUGGUUUAUUAUUUCAUUGGGAAGAGAUCUCAACAGUGUUUAAAAAGAAUAGUGAUCCUAAUUUAGAAGAUCCUCAUCGAAAGCUGUGUAAAUCUAAUGCCGACGUUCAUGCUCAAGCUUUUGUUACUCUCACAUUGCUAGCUUCUCUUAGUGCAUUCAUCUGUUUCGCUGGUGGUGACUCGGGUUUAGCUUGGGAAGCGGUACUCACAUGUCUACUCGCAUCCGUUGUCUUGAGUCUGGCAUCAGGCAUAUUUUUUGGUGAAGUGGGACUUCAGCUACCUUGUAAUGCUGUUUUUCAGAUGUUAGGAGGUGUUCUAUUCCCAGGAAACGCGCUUGGGGCUAUGAAUUUCACCAUGCUAGGAGGAACAAUUGUUACAAAAUGUACUUCUACUUCACAAGAUCUCAAAUUGGGCCAGAGAUUCAAACUAUCAGGGCUCUCGGUUGCAUUUUCUCAAGUUAUCGGAACGCUAUUGGGAGCAAUUGUACAUCUUGGAACUAUGAGAUUGAUUCUAGACUCACAAAGAGAGGUACUUUUACAAAGUAACGGGAAUGGUAUCUAUACAAGUUGGGUACUAACUUCCUUAGCAGCUCAAUCAACAACAUGGGGACUCUUCAGUGGAAGGCUAUAUUCACCGGGUCAAAUAUAUGCUAUUCUGCCGUACUGCUUCAUCAUAGGAUUCCUAGUACCGAUACCAUUAUUCUUACUACACAAAUGGAAACCUAAAGCUGGUUUUAAUCGGUUAAACGUUCCAUUGUUUACUUCAAGUUUGUUCAAUUGUAUAAAAGGCGCCACUUCUGGUCGAAUGACUGCUAUGUUUAUUGGCCUGUAUACUCAAUGGUUUUUGAAACGGCAUCAUUCUAGUUGGUACCAAAAGUACAAUUACAUCAUCAGUGCAGCAUUGGACGGCGGGACCGAACUUGCAGUGCUUAUUCUAUCAGCUCUAGUACAAGGAGGAGCAGGUUUUCCAGCUCUAACUAUGCCAACGUACGGAACCAUUGUUCUUUUCUCAAUCUUUUGGGGAGAAUUUGUAUUGAAUUGA